UAUGCCCCCAGGAUUGAUGUGUGAGGAUUCCCAGACAUAUGGGGGCAGUUUCAUCUAUCACUAUGGGAAUGAGGGACAGGACUCCAACUUGGUGGGGAUUGGACUCGUCGUGGCCCUCGACUAUGCAAACACUUAUUUGUCCCCCUUCAAUGAACUGCAGAAGCUCAAACUUCACCCAUAUUUCUCAACUCUCCUGGAAGGCGGGAAACGUAUUUCUUAUGGAGCACGUGCAUUAAAUGAGGGAGGACUUCAGGUCCCUCCAAGAUCUCGAUGUUUAAGUCUUCCACGUGUCGUUUUCCCUGGAGGAGUGCUGGUUGGAUGUGGAGCGGGAUUCCUGGAUGCUGCCAAGGCGAAAGGGAUUCACAAUGCAAUGAAGAGUGGAAUUAUUGCAGCAGAAUCCAUUUUCGAGCACCUCCAGCCUCAAGUAGGGAAUGACGUUGACUGUGCAGACAAUGUAGUGUCGGGAUAUCAAGAUGCGAUUCGUAAUAGCGAUGUUAUGAGGGAUCUUUAUUCUGCCAGGAACUACAGACCAUCCUUCAACUACGGACGGUCGUUUGGGAUUCUCCACACGGGGACGAUCUAUUAUUUAUUUAAGGGGCGGGAGCCCUGGACUUUGAAGCACAAGAAAAAGCCAGAUCACGCCUGCUUAAAGCAAAAUAGUCAUAAAAUUGAAUACCCAAAACCUGAUCGGAAAUUAUUAUUCGAUCUGAUGAGUUCAGUGUCGCUGACAAACACGAAUCACGAGUCCGAUCAGCCACCACAUUUGACCUUGGUUGACGAGAAGGCCACCUUGUCAAUUAAUUUACCCAAAUUCGACGGUCCCGAACAGAGGUUUUGUCCGGCGGGUUAUACGAUUGGAGGCCACUUUGGGGUUUAUGAAUACAUUGAUGGAGAAAAUGGAAAGAAUUUGAAAAUUAAUUUUCAAAAUUGCAUUCACUGCAAGACGUGUGAUAUUAAGGAUCCAAGUCAGAGUAUAAAUUGGGUGACGCCCGAGGGAGGUGGUCCCGCCUAUGAUGGAAUGUAA